AUGUUCGAGAACCUGUGCUCGCUGCCGUUGCAGGCGGAGCUGUUCGCCCAGGCCGUCCACCCAAGCGAGCCAUUGCUGUCGGUCGGCCUGACCAGCGGCCAUGUCGCGACGCUUCGCAUUCCUGGCGAGCACGACGACAUCCCAAUCGAGCCGACACCCACCGGCCUACUGAGAAGAGGGAGCAAUGGAGGCAAUGUCAUUGGUACCAUGUGGACUACCAGGAGACACAAGGGGAGCUGCCGCUGCUUGGCAUACAGCAUCGACGGCACGCAGCUCUACUCUGCGGGCACCGAUGGAAUCGUCAAGGCGGCCGACAGCGAGACAGGCAAAGUCACUGGCAAGCUCUCCAUACCGGUUGCCAAUGCCAAUGCAUCCUCCUCGCGCGCAGAAGUCGACGCUCCCACAGUCGUACACGCACUGAGUCCGCAGACCCUCCUACUCUCCACCGAUUCAGGCGCCCUGCAUCUCUACGACUUGCGCAAUCCAGCACCAAGCCUUCCCGUACAGCACCCCAAGACUGCUUUCCUCUCCACCAAGCCUUCCCAGACCUACCAUCCCCAUACGGACUACAUCUCCUCUCUGGCUCCCAUUCCGCCAUCCACUUCCUCGACUUCAGGAUUCUCUAAGCAGUGCAUUACCACCGGAUCUACCACUCUUGCUCUCACAGACCUUCGCCGCGGUGUCCUCGCCAAGUCUGAAGAUCAAGAAGAACUACUUCUGUCAUGUCUCUACGUCACUGGUCUCCCGUUCAAGAAGUCCUCAGGCUCCACGGGUGAAAAAGCUGUUACAGGACAGGGCGAUGGAGUAAUCAGCUUAUGGGAGAAGGGACAAUGGGAUGAUCAGGACGAGAGAAUCAUCGUGAGUCGCGAGAAAGAGACACUGGAUUGUAUGACACACGUUCCUGAUGGUAUUGGCGGUAUUGGCAAGAAAAUAGCGGUCGGACUAGGCGAUGGAAAAGUGAGAUUCGUCAGGUUGGGCAUGAACAAAGUGGUCGGCGAGGUGCAGCACGAUGAAAUGGAGGGAGUUGUCGCUCUAAGCUUUGAUGUGCAGGGUCGCAUGAUCAGCGGUGGCGGGCAGAGCUUGAAGGUUUGGAGAGAAGCUGUUGCUGGCGAGCAGGAUGAGGACGAGGAAGCAGAAGGUGUGACAAUCAAGAGACCUGCUGGUGAUAGCGAUGCGGAUAGUGACGAGGAUGAAGACGUUGAGGAUAGCAGUGACGACGAGGGAAAGAAUCGCAAAAGGCGCAAGAAGAGGAAGAGAGGAAAAGGCCCUUCAAGUAGCGCACCUGCUUUCAACUUUUCCGGCUUGGAUUGA